CUGUUUUUAAAGGCGAAGAAGAAGAAGAAGCGCGGUGACGUAGUUUGCUCUGCGACACAAACACCGUUAUUUUUAAUACAUCCCUGUUAGCAUGUAGCAGCUGUACAAGCGACUUUUCUGAAUUGUUUUACUGUCUACGAUAUUUAAACGAUAAUGAGAGGUUUACCGACGACCCAAUGAUGAUGUGACACCCAGCCUCGUCUCAGUCGGUGGUGUUGUGGAGCAGUGCAUGCCCCGGCCGCAGGAGGUGGAGCAGGGCAGGUGGAGGGUCUGAGCUCUGUUGUCCGGGAUGGACGCCUGGACCCCCAAUCCCCGAGCCAAGCCUUUCAUCCCACGCCAGCAAAGAAGCUUGUACCUCACCUGGAAAUACAAGCUGACCAACAAGAGGGCGGUUCGUCGGUUCUGUCAGGCUGGUGCUGUGCUGUUUCUGCUGAUUACUGUCAUAGUCAACAUUAAACUCAUCUUGGACACCAGAAGAGUCGCCAGUGAAGAUGCAGCAGCUCAAGAAUAUGAGGACAUUGUUCCCAACAUGGAGACGCCACGCAGGCCGGCUAGUGGACGCAAAGUCCUGGACAUUGAAGUGUACGCCAGCCGUUCCAAGGUCUACGUGGCAGUGGACGGCACCACAGUGUUGGAGGAUGAUAUGCGGGAGCAGGGCAGAGGCAUCCAUGUGAUAGUUCUCAACCAGGCAACUGGCCAUGUGAUGGCCAAGAGGAUAUUCGACACCUACUCCCCCCACGAGGAUGAUGCCAUGAUCCUCUUCCUCAACAUGGUGACCCGGGGCCGAGUCCUCAUCUUCACCAUAAAGGAUGAAGGCACGUUCCACCUGAAGGAUGCUGCUAAGAACCUGCUGAAGACUCUGGGCAGCCAGGUGUCCCUCAACCUCAGCUGGAGGGACAUGUGGACACUGGUGGUGAAGAAAGGAGGUCAGGUGUAUGGAGAGAAGCACUCAAAGUCUCCAGCUCUGUCCACCUGGGGGGACCCGGUGCUGCUGAAGACUGAGGUGCAGCUCACUGCCUCUGAAGAGGCAGAGUGCCACUGGGCCGACACGGAGCUGAACAGGAGGAGGAAGCUCUUCUGCAGCAAGGUGGAAGGAUACGGCAGCAUCUGCAGCUGCAAAGACCCGGCGCCCAUCGAGUUCAGCCCUGACCCCCUGUCCAACAAUAACGUCUUCAGUGUCCCAGUGGCCGUCAUAGCAGGGAACAGACCCAACUACCUCUACAGGAUGCUGAGGUCGCUGCUUUCAGCUCACGGCGUCAACCCGCUGAUGAUAACGGUCUUCAUUGAUGGAUAUUAUGAGGAACCCAUGGAUGUGGUAGAGUUGUUUGGACUGAAGGGAGUUCAGCACACGCCCAUCAGCAUCAAGAAUGCCAGAGUGUCCCAGCACUACAAGGCGAGUCUUACUGCAACCUUCAACCUUCACCCUGAAGCCAACUAUGCCAUCGUCAUAGAAGAAGACCUGGAUCUCUCCAUCGACUUCUUCAGUUUUCUGAGUCAGACGGUUCACCUGCUAGAUGAGGAUGACAGUCUGUACUGCAUCUCAGCCUGGAACGACCAGGGCUAUGAGCACACAGCAGAAGACCCCGCCCUGCUCUACAGAGUGGAGAGCAUGCCCGGCCUGGGCUGGGUGCUAAAGAAGAGCCUCUACAAGGACGAGCUGGAGCCCAAGUGGCCGACCCCUGAGAAGCUGUGGGAUUGGGACAUGUGGAUGCGAAUGCCUGAGCAGAGGAAAGGCAGAGAGUGCGUCAUCCCCGAUGUGUCCCGCUCCUACCAUUUUGGAAUCAUCGGCCUCAACAUGAAUGGAUAUUUCCACGAGGUGUAUUUCAAGAAACACAAGUUCAACACUGUUCCCAACGUGCAGCUGAAGAAUGUUUACAGCUUAAAGAAGGAUGCGUAUGAAGUGGAGAUCCUGAACCUGCUGAAGGAAGCAGAGGUGCUGGACCACAGCAAGAACCCGUGUGAGGACUCGUUCCUUCCAGACACUGAGGGGAAGACCUACGUCAUGUUCAUUAAGAUGGAGACGGAGAUAGACACCUCCACAUGGACAGAGCUCGCCAAGUGCCUCCAUGUUUGGGACCUGGAUGUUCGGGGAUACCACAGCGGCCUGUGGCGGCUCUUCAGGAAAAGAAAUCAUGUCCUGGUGGUGGCCGUGCCAAUCUCCCCAUACUCUGAGAAGAAACCACCCGGUGUCACUCCCAUUCAGUUAGAUCCUCCGCCCAAAGAAGAGGGAGCCGUGGUGGAUCAGGUGUAGCCCCGAUGUUACACUCUGUCGCACACAUGCACACUACAACCAGCCCAGGCCUUAACGACGACAACAACAACAACCACUAAAAAUCCAGUCUGGGACCCACAAAAGACGUUCUGACUUUUCCUAGAUUGUGUACGAGGAGACACCUGGGAAAUGGAGUUUCUUAUUUUUCAACGAAAGAGGGGUUAACACUACAAACUGCACUACUACAUCCGUCCAACAGCUUGAGGAGGAACGUAGUUGCAAAAAACAGGUUUUGGUGACUGAACAACCGAGACAGUAUAUGACUGUCAACAGCUGUCUCUUUCUGUUGCCGUGACAACUGUGACGGCUCCACGGUCUCUUACAUUUCAUUUUGAAGCUGUGACUUUUUCAGCGACAACGGUACAAAUGACGCAAAUCAAACACUCACCACAUUUCGGAGGUUGUUGUGUUUUUUUAACUACUACUUUUUGUACAUACGUUUUAACUUAUCUCUAUUUAUUUUACAUCUAUCAAUCAAAAAAGGAGUUUAGUGGUUUGUUUGCUAUUUUCUUUUCUUUUUUAAAUAUCCACUUUUAUCAAGAUCGGUGCAUUUUUUUUUUUUUUUUAAAAGCCUAACGUUUACAGAUAAUGAAAUAAUAAUGUAUAUACUUGCCUAUAUAUAUUUUUUAACGAAAAUGUAAAGGGUCAGCAUCUUUUUAAGCGUUAGAUAUUGAGUUUGAGUGAAAGAGUUCAUAACAGACCUGUGGGUCAAAACAAGUCAUACAAUAAAUUGUUCUAGUUUAAUUGUAGUCCUUUAUUUUGGAAAAAACUGUCAUUUUUUGUUCAAGUUAAAAAGAAAUAAACAUUUCAGUCUUACAAGUCACUGCAUAUUAUCUUUUAAAAUGAGCCUGUUCUCUGUGUUGGCCUCUGUCAGCCACCGUAGGGUCAGAACAGAACGUUGUGACUUUACACGGUUAUACCCUUUAGGUGCAAUACAGAAAGCUCAUCUAGGUGUUUGCAGACUACAGGUAACUGACUGCUUCCAUUGCUGAACUAUUUAAGAGCCACAGAACAGACACACAUUCGAGGGUCUUUGUGUGUUUUAUGAAUUAAAACAACUGCUGUCCUCGAAUCAAAUAGCAGCAGGGUGAACUCAUCUUUUUUACAGCUGACAAAGUGAUUUUGUUAUUUGCCUUAUGAUCAGUUUUCUGUGGUUAAGAAGUUGGGAGGUUCUCAAACAUAAACGUCCAUAUGUCAACAACUGUAUUGAUACCCCAAUAUAUGACAUUUAACAUAUUUAUACACGAAAUAAGAAAGAUCAUGGUUGCUGCUAUAGUAUUAGGGUGAGUACAAAUAUCCAAAUUGAUCAAAUUAUGUCAGCGACUCUCACAGCUGUGUCCUUACCAAGAGUUUUUAUUUUCUUGUUCUAUCACACACUUCAUUUACCUUUUUAUUUAAAUGUCCAGCUGAUGUAACCCUACCGACUAAAUGAGUGACUGUGUGAUUCCAGUUUCAAUGCAUCGAUCAGUAUUCGCAGAGUGGUUUGAUUUUAAUAUUUGUAUCUGUGUGCCCAGAGAACAACAUUAACUCUCUGCAGUCAGACAACACCACUGACUCAGCAGUAUUGCAGGCCGUGUCGUGACUGAAUUCAUCAUUAAGACGUUGAAGAGGUAGAAUCUGCCUACUUCAUGAGCUAGUUUUUCAUUUUUGUCUUUUCAUUUCACUUUUCUUUUGUGUGCUGCUUGUUGUUUAGUCAAGAAACUAAAUCCCUUUCUCCUCAGCAAUACGCUUGAUUUUGUGUUAUGCUGUGAGAUCAUUUGAUCUGCAACGUACGUUUGAUGGGUUUCGGGUGCAGUUCCACGUUUGAGUUCCUUUUAUCUUUUAUCAUGAUGAAUGAAUAAAGAUGUUUUUUACUGACGUUU